CAAUGUCCAGCUGGACAAAGCCAAAUCCACCGCGCGUCACGCCGAGCCUCCGACGAGCGCAGGCGUCGUCAGCGUUUGACAGCUCAUAAGCUCAGCACAACUCAAAACUCCUCAGCGGCCGCGCAACGCGCACGCCCGCCGAAGCUUUUGGACCUCUCUCACAGCCAGCCAAGCAGGCGCGCCCGUCCAGCAGCCAUGGCUCCGGCACCGAUGCGAGCGGCGCUCCUCGUCGCCACGAGCGUGGCCUUCGCGCCCAAAACCGCGCGCCUGCCCUCCACGACCCGAGCGAGGCCGACGACGGCGCUCCAGAUGAACUUUUUUGACCGGUUUAAGAGAGUGGCCGAGGCGAACAUCAACAAUGUGUUGGGGAAGAUGGAGGACCCGGAAAAAGUACUGAACCAGGCCGUGGAGGACCUCCAGAAGGACCUCGUGACGAUCCGACAGAGCUACGCCGAGGUCAUGGCGACUCAAAAAAGGUGCGCUCGCGGCGUCCCGUCGUGUCGAGACGCCUUCGACGCGACUCGGUGGUCUCUUUUUUUGACGGAAAUGCUCCGCGCAGGCAGCAGCGCCAGAAGGACCAGGCCGACCAGUUGGCGGACGAGUGGUACCGGCGGGCCCAAUUGGCCCUCGAGAAGGGCGACGACGAGCUCGCGAGGGAGGCUCUCUCGCGGAAGCAGCAGCAAGUCGAUGCUAGUACUUCGUUGGACGAACAGAUCGCCAUCCAGAGCGACUCGUUAUCGAAGUUAUAUGAUAGUAUGACGGCGCUCGAGUCGAAGAUCUCCGAAGCGCGGUCCAUGAAGGACCAAUACAUCGCUCGAGCGCGAACGGCGAAGACUGCUACCAAGGUCAAUGACAUGUUAUCUUCGGUAUCAGGUACGACGUCGAUGGACGCCUUCGAGCGCAUGAAGGAGAAGGUCGAGAUGCUCGAGACGCAGGCCGAGGUCUCGGGCCAGUUGCAGUUCGGGGCUGGCACGGCGGACAUGGAGUCGCGCUUCAAGGAGCUGGAGGCUGGCUCGUCGGUGGACGAUGAACUCUCGAAGAUGAAGCGCCAAUUGACCGCUGGUUCGGAUGAACCAGCGAAGCCGGCGGCUCCUGCGGACCCGGCGGUCGAGGACGAGCUCGCCAAACUGAAGGGUGAAAUGAAGGGGGAGUAACUUGUAAAA